AUGACCUCAGACCUAGAUCCAACAUACUCAACCAUCCACGCACGCUACACCGCCACUGCACUAUCCAAAAGCCCAAGCACUAAUAAUGCAUCCGCCGUUGCUCGCACAUUCGGCUACACACAGGCCGAACUUUCUUCCAUCCCUACGGAUUCAAACAUCGGUCUGAGCUGUGGAAACCCACUCGCAUUAGCGAAUCUGAAAGAGGGUGAGACGGUCAUUGAUCUAGGCUGUGGAGCAGGUUUCGACGUUUUCCUUGCUGCAAAGAGGGUAGGAGAAACGGGAAAGGCUAUUGGUAUAGAUAUGAACGAGCACAUGCUUCAGAAAGCGCGUCUCAAUGCCGAUAAAUCAGGUACACUCAACACCGACUUCAUACAAUCUCUUAUUACAUCCAUCCCCCAGCUCGAGAGUUCCACCGCUGACGUCAUGACGUCGAAUUGCGUGAUAAAUCUCGUUCCUAAAGUCUCCAAGCAUCUAGUCUUCAAGGAGAUGUAUCGAUUGCUCAAGCCAGGUGGUCGGGUAGCCAUAUCAGAUAUUCUACUGAAGAAAGAUCUGCCAGAGAAUCUGAAGAACAACGUAGCGUUGCUUGUAGGGUGCGUAGCAGGAGCGAGUAAGAAGGAGGAGUACGAGGGGUGGCUGGAGGAAGCGGGGUUCAAAGAGUCAAUUGUUGCGGAGGCGGGUGGCGAUUUGAACAUUUACAAGGGCGAGAAAGACCUCGGCGUAGAGCCACGGUCGUGCUGUGGUGGAGACGGAGGUGUGGCGGAGGACAUGAGAAGAGAGCUCCAGGAUGUUGAUUUGAAUGAAUGGGCUGGUAAGUAA